AUGGGCAACAUGGCUCAGACGACAUAUGAUCUGCCGGACGAACUCCUUGCUACAAUCUUCGGACACCUCCAGCUCCCGCUGCCUAUCGUCGACCUCAACCGAGAGGACGACUUCGACCGUACCCAUGGCCUUCCAAACCGACUCGGCUACACGCCCGAGCAGCGGCGGGCCCUGAGCUCGAACUUCAAGACCCUAUGCAGACUAUCCGUUGUCUCGAAAUCUUUCAACAGCGUUGCAGAAUCAAUUCUGUACAGAACGGAUCCCGGUCAGGAUCUUGUCGAUCCAGAUCUGUUCCUAGCGGCGCUCGCUGCUCGUCCACACCGCACAAAAUUCGUUCGGCGUGUGCUCCUGGGACAAGACAUCUUUGGCCAUGAUCUGCGCUGGCGGGACUGGUACAGCAUUCGUCGAAGCCUGCUUCAUGAACCACGCAACGAGGAUCUGCAAGAGCUUGGGCAAGGCACAAACGAAGAUGUAGACCCCCGGCCAUGGCCGGAGCUUGAAGAUUUGAACAUCAUUCGCAGGCGGGGCGCAGAGGCACGUCAAGAGGUGGCUUUGAAGCGAGGACAUUAUGGGCACUUCCGCGACGCCUGGACAGCGGACGACUAUAAGAGCAUUGCCAAGACCAUCCUUCAUCCUCGGAGCCCAUAA